AUGGCGGGUGCAAGAAAUGGGACCACGGCCUCUACGCCGAAGCUCGCGACACAGACCAGCAACUCUUCGAGCACAGCAAAGAAGCAACAAGGCAUCGCCGGCUUCUUCCAAAAACGAGCAGCGCCAGCAGCAAGCACGCCGGCGAAGCGUCCAGCCGAGAGCAACGCGCCCAAGGCUUCCGAUGCGUCCAGCAAUGUGGAUGCGGCAUCAAGUCCUCGCACCGCUCCGGGUGCUUCCCAACAAAGCUCGGUAGCGGCGAGCCGUGGGAAGGAGAAUGGCACAAUCUUCUCAAGUCCUUCCCGGAAAGCGAAGAAAUCCAUCAGCUAUGCUGAAUCCGACGCUGAAGACGAUGAGGACGAGGUCUUCAAGCCAUUGUCAGGCAACAGACGAGCGGCGAAACGUCGCAAGGUCAGUAUCAAGGAUGAUUCUGACGAUGAAUUCGGAUUCGAUGCGAGCACGCAAGCUGCGAUGGAGAGUGACGAAGCAGCAUCCAUCAGCCACGUGGCUAACAAGCGCGACGCAGAGAUGGAAGACUUCGUCGUGGAGGACGAUGAUGACGAUGACCACAAGCCGACAAAGUCGAAGAAGCGAGCUGCAGCGCCCUCUAAAGCACCGGCGAAGACUUUCGCGAAACCGCCUUCUCCUACUCGAGAAGAGAGCGAAGAGAUUCCGGCUGCCGGCUCGACUGCUCAGCAGUGGAAGUUUGACCCAGACGCUCCGCCAUCGACAGAGCCUCGAAAGCAGCGACCAGACAAGUCGGCAUCGAACGACCCAGCCAAGAAGCAAAAAGCCCAUACUUCUGACCCAUCCGACCGUUACACUUGGCUCGCCACUGUCCUUGAUGCUGAUCGUAACCCUACGGACCAUGCAGACUAUGACCCCCGCACCAUAUACAUUCCUCCAAUGGCGUGGAACAAGUUCUCUGCGUUCGAAAAGCAAUACUGGGAAAUCAAGCAAAACUUCAUGGACACCAUUGUAUUCUUCAAGAAGGGCAAGUUCUACGAGCUUUACGAGAACGACGCUACCAUCGGACAUCAGCUGUUCGACUUGAAACUCACAGAUCGGGUGAACAUGCGCAUGGUCGGCGUGCCCGAGGCCAGUCUGGAUCACUGGGCGAAUCAGUUUGUGGCGAAGGGCUUCAAGAUUGCUCGCGUUGACCAGAUGGAAUCGAAGCUGAGCAAAGACAUGCGUGAACGCGAUGGCGGAGGUGGAAAGAAGGAAGACAAGAUCAUUCGGCGAGAGUUGGCUGCCGUCCUGACCGGUGGAACUCUAGUAGACGGAGGCAUGCUACAGGACGACAUGGCAACGUACUGUGCGGCGAUCAAGGAGACGGAGGUCGACGGCAUGCCGAAGUUUGGGAUUGCGUUCGUCGACACGGCCACUGCACAGUUCCAGCUGUCCGAAUUCGUGGAUGACAUUGACAUGACACGCUUCGAAACCUUUGUCGCUCAAAUUCGACCUGGCGAAAUCCUCCUCGAGAAGGGCUGCGUCUCCGCCAAGGCUCUUCGUAUCUUGAAGAAUAACACACCAGUGACGACCAUCUGGAACCAUCUCAAGCCCGACAAGGAGUUUCUGACAGCUGACAAGACGCGCAUGAAGAUCAACGGGGAAGGUUACUUCGAGAAGUCCGAAGAUGAGGCUGCCGAUGCAUGGCCCAAGGCGCUCCGCGAAGCCAGCGAGAAGGAAGUCGCCUUUCCUGCUCUCGGUGCAUUGAUCUGGUAUCUCAGCAUGCUCAAGAUCGAACGCGACCUCCUCACAUGUGGCAACUUUGCCUGGUAUGAGCCGAUCCGCAAGUCUUCCAGCCUGGUCCUGGACGGGCAAAGUCUUAUCAACCUCGAGAUCUUUGCCAACACAUUCGAUGGCAGCGCCGAGGGCACGCUGUUCAGCAUGCUGAACCGCUGCGUGACACCAUUUGGUAAGCGCAUGCUCAGACAGUGGGUGUGCCAUCCACUCGGGGACGCCAGAAAGAUCAACCUGCGUUUCGACGCCGUGGAUGCGCUCAAUGCAGAUGGCACCGUCAUGGAUCGCUUCACAUCGUCACUCAGCCGUCUGCCGGAUCUCGAGCGACUGAUCUCGCGCAUUCACGCUGGCCGUUGCAGACCCCAGGACUUCUUGAAGGUCCUCGAAGGCUUCGAGCAGAUUGAGUACACCAUGUCGAUUCUAGGCUCAUUUGGCGACGGAGAUGGCCUACUCGGACAGCUCAUAGUAGCCAUGCCUAAUCUGGCGGGUGCUCUCGAGCACUGGAAAGAUGCGUUCGACCGCACCAAAGCCAAGGACGAAGGUCUCUUCAUACCCCAGCCCGGGGUUGAAGAAGACUUUGACGAAAGCCAGGAGGUCAUUGAUAAUGUGCUCAAGGAACUCAACAAGCUCCUCGUCAAAGCUCGCAAGGACAUCGGGUCCUCUUCGAUCAAGUUCACGGACAACGGAAAGGAGAUCUACCAGCUCGAGGUGCCCAUCAAGGCCUGCGGCAAGAUUCCCAAGAACUGGAAACAAAUGUCGGCUACGAAGCAGUGCAAGCGAUGGUAUUCUCCUGAACUAGAAGAGUUGGUGCAGGAUCUCAAGGAAGCACAAGAAGUUCACGGACAAGUGGUCAAAGCACUCGCGGGUCGCUUCUUCGCCCGCUUCGACAUCGACUAUAAUACCUGGCUUGCUGCGCUGAAAGUCAUCGCACAACUCGACUGCCUCAUCUCCCUCGCGAAGACGUCGGCAUCUCUGGGCUCACCUUCCUGCCGACCAACGUUUGUCGAGGACGAGAAUGCUAAGGGUGUUCUCGAAUUCAAGACACUCCGUCACCCGUGCAUCGAGACAACGACAAACUUCAUUCCCAAUGACAUUGCCUUGGGUGGCGACGCCGCCUCGAUCAACCUGCUCACCGGUGCCAACGCUGCCGGCAAAUCGACUGUGCUUCGCAUGACUUGCAUCGCCGUCAUCCUGGCUCAAGUGGGAUGCUACGUGCCGUGCGAGUCGGCACGCAUGACUCCUGUCGAUCGCAUCAUGUCUCGUUUGGGAGCACACGACAACAUAUUCGCCGGCCAGAGCACCUUUAUGGUCGAGUUGAGCGAAACGAAGAAGAUUCUGUCUGAAGCCACGCCGCGCUCUCUCGUCAUUCUCGACGAGCUCGGUCGUGGCACGAGCAGCUACGACGGUGUGGCCGUUGCGCAGUCAGUGCUCCAUCACAUUGCUACGCAUGUCGGCUCGCUGGGCUACUUUGCUACUCACUACCAUUCGUUGGCUGCCGAGUUCCAAAGUCAUCCCGAGAUCGCCGCGAAGCGAAUGGCCGUACGGGUGGAGCACGACAUCCGCGAUGUCACGUUCCUCUACCAGCUCGAGGAUGGCGUGGCAGAAGGCAGCUACGGCAUGCACUGCGCUGCCAUGUGCGGAAUUUCGGAUAAGAUCAUCGACCGAGCUGAGCAAGCUGCACAGAACUGGGAGCAUACUGGCCGGAUCAAGGAGUCGCUGGAGAAGGCCAAGGAGAGCACCUGGCUGCCUCUGGGUCUACUCAGUGAUGUCAGCUGGAUCGUGAAGGGCGCUGGCGAGGAAGACCAGGGAGUCAGCGAGGCCAGUCUCGAGGUGCUGCGCAAGACCAUUGCGGCGUUGUAA